ACAUGUUUAAAAAUAGUGAGUGUAGCCGCUGUCCCAGCCUCUCCCCCUCCCCACCAUCAAUGUCUGAGCAGCAUUCUGGGUCCGGAAUGUCAACAUGGCUGCGGAUAUUGGUGAGGUGCUGGUCCCCUACAUGCCAACUAUCAGGGUGCCCAGAUCAGGCGACCGGGUCUACAAGAGCGAGUGCGUCUUCUCCUUUGACUCGCCCGAAUCAGAAGGUGGUCUCUACGUGUGCAUGAGCACGUUUCUUGGCUUUGGAAGGGAACAUGUGGAGAGACAUUACCGUAAGACGGGACAAUGUGUUUACAUGCACCUGAAACGAACCAUCAAAGAGAAGGCCACGGGAGCUUCAGGUGGAGUGGUGCCCAGGCGGAGAUCUCCUCGCGUUGUUUUUGACCUCGAGCAGAACAAGGACUUUAACCACGAGGAUUAUGAGUAUGAAGAUGAAGCCAAGCUUGUUAUAUUUCCUGACCACUUUGAAAUCGCACUGCCGAACAUUGAGGAGCUGCCGGCAUUGGUGACCAUCGCCUGCGAUGCGGUCCUGACCGCGCCGUCUCCGUACGGAAAACAAGAUGCCGAAUCCUGGGAAGAGGAGCUGAAGCAUUCGAAACACGAGGACAACCUCCACCAGCUGGACAACGGAGUGCGUAUCCCGCCCAGUGGGUGGAAGUGUGCCUGGUGUGACCUGCGGGACAACCUGUGGCUCAACCUGACGGAUGGCACCGUGCUCUGUGGCAAGUGGUUCUUCGACGGCAGCGGAGGGAACGGACAUGCCCUGGAACAUUACCGCAAGAAGAAAUACCCCUUGGCCGUCAAACUGGGAACUAUCACACCAGACGGCGCAGACGUGUACUCAUUCGAUGAGGAGGAAGCAGUGCUCGAUGCAAACAUCGCCGAACACCUGAUGCACUUUGGUAUCGACAUGUUGAAGAUGCAGACGACUGAGAACGUGAGUGCGGUGAUGGACAUGAAGCCACGAGUGAGCGAGUGGGAGAUGGUGCAGGAGUCGGGGACAAAGUUGAAGGCCAUCUACGGGUCGGGCUACACCGGCAUCAGGAACCUGGGCAACAGCUGCUUCCUCAGCUCCGUCCUGCAAGUCAUCUUCAGCAUCCCCGACUUCCAGCGAAGGUAUGUGGGAAAUCUCCAAAGAAUAUUCGAUUACUCUCCUCUGGACCCAACUCAAGACUUCGAUACACAGAUGGCCAAGAUGGGACAUGCCCUGCUCUCUGGUCAAUACUCCAGACCGCCAAUGAAGUCGGAUGUAAUUGAACAGGUGAUGAAAGAAGAGUACAAGUCCCAGCAGCAGGGGAUGGUGCCCAGAAUGUUUAAAGCGUUGGUCGGGAAAGGACAUCCAGAGUUUUCAUCGAAUCGACAGCAAGAUGCGCUAGAAUUCUUUCUGCAUUUAAUUGGCCUUGUCGAUAGAAACAGCAGUGGUACGGACGAUCCCAGUGAGGUCUUUCGCUUUAUGGUGGAGGAGCGUGUGCAGUGUUGCCAGUCGAGGAUGGUCAAAUACAAGCAGAGAGUGGACUAUAUCAUGCAACUGCCCGCCCUGCUGGAGGCUGCCAGCAACAAAGAGGAACUAAUUGCGUAUGAGUUAAGGAGGCGAGAAGCGGAGAUAGUGAAGCGGCCUUUACGCGAGGUGGUCCGAGCCAGAAUCCCCUACAGUGGUUGCCUUCAAGCCUAUCAGGAGCCAGAAAACGUGGCGGACUUCUGGAGCAGCGCACUGCAGGCAAAGUCGGCAGCAAUAAAGACUAUUCGCUUUGCUUCAUUUCCUGAAUAUCUGGUGAUUCAAAUAAAGAAAUUCACCUUCGGUAUUGACUGGGUGCCAAAGAAAUUAGAUGUUUCCAUAGACAUGCCGGACCUGCUGGAUAUCUGCCAUCUCCGAGCCACGGGGUUACAGCCUGGAGAGGAAGAGCUGCCGGAUAUUUCCCCGCCCAUCAUCUUCACCAACCAGGGUAAAGGUCACCUACUGAACCACUUCAUGGAGUCUCCAGACAUUGAUGAGUCGGCAGUGAUGCAGUUGGCAGAGAUGGGAUUCCCCCUGGAAGCGUGCCGGAAAGCGGUCUACUACACUGGGAAUCUGGGAGCAGAGCUGGCCUUCAACUGGAUCAUAGCACACAUGGAAGAGCCCGACUUUGCGGAGCCACUAACAUUGCCAAGAUGCGGCGAGGUCGGGGGUGUGGAGGUGGGCCAGUGUGAGGUGGGUCUGUCCGGAGGAGCCGCAUCCACGAGGAACCAGCCCCCGGAGGAGAUCGUGGCCAUCAUCACCUCCAUGGGCUUCCACAGGAAGCAGGCCAUCCACGCUCUGAAAGCAACUAACAACAACCUGGAGCGAGCUCUGGACUGGAUCUUCAGCCGCACGGACAGCGAGGACGAGAGCGAGGCAGCGUCGGAGGACGACUCACAGUCGCACAUCGCCGCGGAGACGGACACGGAGCCGGCCAGGCCCAGGGUACGGGACGGUGCGGGAAGAUAUGAGUUAUUUGCUUUCAUCAGCCACAUGGGAGAUUCCACCAUGUCUGGGCAUUAUGUCUGCCACAUUAAAAAGGAGGGAAGGUGGGUGAUCUACAACGACCAUAAGGUCCACACGUCAGAGAGGCCUCCAAAAGAUCUUGGCUACAUUUACUUCUACCAGCAGCUGUCCUAUUGAGAGACCCGUCUGAAAAACCAGAGCCAUCCCUCGUUCCCGAAGAGCAAAGAUCCCACAAACUGUGGAAGGAUGGAGGGAGAACAGUGGAUCCUGUCGUCACUGUGCAAAUACCUUAAGGGCCUGUCCCACCUGCCGAUUUUUUUUUCGGCGACUGCCGGCGUCAUAUCAGUGUCGCCAAAAGGUUUUGAACAUUUCAAAAUCCAGUGGCGACAAAAAAAAUGUCGCAACACUUGAAAAAACAGCGCGCGUCAGUACGCCAUCACGCCGCGUCACCAGCACGUCACGCCACAGAUUUUUCGGUGACCUGAUACGUCAGUCAAUGAUGCCGGCAGUCGCCGAAAAAAAUUGCCAAGAGGGACAGGCCCUUUAUUUAUAGAAAACUCAAAUGCAAUAUGUUUGUUAUGAAAUAGGAAUUUUAUUUAUCGUUUAAUAUAUUGUUUUACUUUG